UCGGUGCGGGUGGGCGGGGCCUCUCGCGUUCUUCUUGUCGCCAGCCACGCCGAACCGAGAGCGGGAUGCUGCGAGUGCGGUGCCUGCGCGGAGGGAGCCGGGGGGCCGAAGCCGUGCACUACAUCGGGUCGCGGCUUAGAAGAGCCGUCACAGGGUGGGUGCAGCGAACUUUCCAAAGCACCCAGGCAGCCGCAGUCUCCCAGACCUCCUGUGCUGCUGCUGAGGACAACAACAAAGCCCCUGACCCCAUUCCCGAAGACUGCCCUGUCUGCUCACACAACGAAUGGGACCUGCUUGAAGAAGUCAUUGUUGGGAGAGCCGAAAAUGCCUGCGUCCCUCCUUUUUCCGUAGAGGUCAAGGCCAAUACCUAUGAGAAGUACUGGGGAUUUUAUCAGAAGUAUGGUGGCCAAAGCUUCCCUCAGGAUCAUGUCAAGAAAGCAAUCGCUGAAAUAGAAGAGAUGUGCAAUAUUUUGAAGAUGGAAGGAGUGGUUGUCCAAAGGCCAGAACCACUUGACUGGUCGGUCAAAUACAAAACUCCUGACUUUGAAUCCACUGGUAUGUAUGCAGCCAUGCCAAGGGACAUUUUACUGGUAAUUGGAAAUGAAAUAAUUGAAGCUCCGAUGGCUUGGCGUGCCCGGUUCUUUGAGUACAGAGCAUACCGGCCCAUCAUCAAAGACUACUUUCGCCGCGGGGCUAAGUGGACAACUGCACCAAAGCCCACAAUGGCUGAUGAGCUGUAUGACCAGGAUUACCCCAUCCGCACCGUGGAAGACAGGCACAAGCUGGCUGCCCAGGGCAAAUUUGUCACAACCGAAUAUGAGCCGUGCUUUGAUGCAGCGGACUUCAUAAGAGCGGGAAGAGACAUCUUUGUGCAGAGAAGUCAGGUUACCAACUACUUGGGUAUUGAAUGGAUGCGAAGGCACCUUGCUCCAGAGUACCGAGUGCACACCAUCUCUUUUAAAGAUCCCAACCCCAUGCACAUUGAUGCCACAUUCAACAUCAUUGGGCCAGGCCUUGUGCUUUCCAAUCCUGAUCGUCCAUGCAAUGAGAUCGAACUCUUCAAGAAGGCAGGCUGGACGGUGGUUCGCCCUCCGUUGCCCCUCAUUCCCGACGACCACCCGCUGUGGAUGUCCUCGAAAUGGCUCUCUAUGAAUGUCCUGAUGCUGGAUGAAAAACGCGUGAUGGUGGAUGCCAAUGAGAUCCCGAUCCAGAAGAUGUUUGAAAGUCUAGGGAUUUCGACAAUUAAGGUCAACAUCCGCCAUGCCAAUUCAUUGGGAGGAGGUUUCCACUGCUGGACCUGUGACAUCCGUCGCCGUGGCACCCUGAAGUCCUAUUUUGAUUAGGCAGCGGCUGAGUUAGCCCUCCCACGGUUCAGCUUGCCCGAAAAAGGUGUAGGGAGAAGAGAUCGGUUCCAUCUUUCUGCUUUAAAAUACAGAAUGUGAAUGCAUGAGCUGUAGCACUUGGAACAAUGGUGCCCCUUAACAGAGGUCCCGCAGACAGUUAAUUCACAGGGCCAGUUUGCACGUUAUGUGGAGGACAGCCACAGAGCAGACACCCAAGAAGCCAGUUGCCUGAUAAGCGUACUUGUGUGCAUUUGGUACAGCCCUGCUUAAAGCUUUCUGGUGUACAAAUGCAGACUGCCAUUCAGAAGUUUGCAGUUUAAACUGCAGAAUUCAUUUCCUUUAGCUGUUCCUUUUAUAGAGAAAUACCUGUCUUGAAAGUGCUCCUACCCUAGGUAGGAGGAGCUGGUUGGGGGGAGCUGGUAUAAUGUAGUGACACACAGCCAAAUUAUGCAAGGCAUUUGGGAUCUCCUGUUGGUUUCCUGAUAUGCAGUUUAGUCUCAGAAAAAGCAUCCGCUGUGUCAAUCAGUGUCAAUCAAAGCCCCCAUACUAGGGAAAGGGUGUGUGUGUUAACUUUUGGCUUCCCCAGCUGCAUCACUGAUUAACAGUGCAGUCCUAAGCAGAGUUUCACUCUUGUAAGCCCAUUGACUUCCCUGGACUUAGAGUGUAACACAGAAAUGUGAAUGCGGGUGCCUAGGGCUAGACUGUAGAAGCCUCUCCUCUUCUCAUCCCUUAGCUGCACUUAGUCCUGAUAAUAAUAAAAAAAAGACGGGUGCUGAUAUUAUGCCUGUCUUUUUGCCUACCAGGGCUAAAGGCAGCCUAGGUUAAAUCUGGAAAGCAGCACACUUAGGAGCAAGGAAGAGUACUGUGGCCCCGAUCCAUGCUUGGGUGCAGUGGUGGUUUGAGGCUGAAUUACAGGUUGGGUGAUCCAGUGGUAAGUUCCCAGUGUUGUGCGUGUUUGGCCCUUAAGAAGGAACUGCAAUCCAGAUUUAAGCCAUUUUGAAGCUCAUGUCGGCCACAGUGUCGCCACGUGGCGUUAGGAUAAGCCAUAAAUCUCUCAGCCCCAGAAAUAUGGAGUUUAAAAAAUGGCCCUGCUUUACAGGGAUGUUCUCAGAAUGUUGACAACAUGCAUGAAGUACUUUGCGCACUGAAAGCAUUAAGUAUUAUUAGACUCUGGAAACCUCUUUGGUGUUAUUCUGUAAAUCACAUAAUACGCAGAGUGGCCCUUAGCUAGGGGAAUCCCCUCCUCAGCAGUACAGGUCUUCUGGCUGGCUUUUUGAAAGACUUCCUUCUUGACAUGAAGCCUCUUGAAGUUCACGUCCCAGGUGUACAAAAGUUGGCAAUAUUUCUCGUUCUGCCAGAGAUCAGCCAAUAACAACUACACAUCUACCUCUGCUUGAAAUUCUGUCAAAAAGGCAGCUAGAAAUGUUAGACCUGAGUUUGACAUUCUUUCCAAUGGAUAUUUUUUUUAAAAUGUGUGUGAGUAUGUAUACCACACUUUUUUAUAUAAAUAAAUAGAAAAUUAGAACAGACUUAAAUACCAUGGCUUGGAUUCUGAAUUGCUGUUCAGUCGGUGUAACAGCAGUUCCUCUGACAGAACAGCAUUUCUGUUGGAGGAGGAGGUGAAGGGGAUUUUCUCCAAUCUCUCCUCUCCCGCUUGCCUCCAAACAUUGUUCCGGGGGUGGGGGUGGGGUGUCCACUGUGUACAGAAGGACAAUUUCAGGGGGCAAAGGCGACGGGGGUGGGGGGGGGGAAGAGUGAGGAAAUUCCCUUCCUCUGAUGCGGCACAGCCCACAGAAUCCAAGCCAAGACGGACCCAGGUUUUUACUCUUUUAAAAAAAUAGAUGUUAUUUGGAUUAGGGUUUUUUUAAUAGCAGAAUUUAAAUUCUGUGCAGAUAUGGCUGUGUGGAGCCUGUGUUAGCCCUGUCACAUCUGCCUUGCCUCUGGAACUGACUGAUAUUCACACAUAAGAGUGGGGGGGGGAAUGCGCAUGUAAAGCCUAUAGACACAGUCAUAGAGUUGGAAGGGGCCAUACAGACCAUCUAGUCCAGCCCCCUUGCCUUCCUGUUUGGGGGUCUAGUAGAAGUGGCAUGGAUUGAGCCUCAGUGUGUCAGAGUCCAUGUGUGCUGCAUGGCCAUCAGGUGGCCCCAGAGGUAAGGAAAGCAUGCCAGAGGUCUGUGGGGGAGGGAAUGAUCCUGCUCCCCUGCCACAUGCAGGCCGGACACAGUGGUCACAUCCACUGUUGUGCUUUACAAGGCUCUAAAUGUCUCCAUUUAAACGUCCAUGUUCCGAAAGCUUCAGAGAUGCAGCCCUGGUUCAGGAAGUAGCUUUUUUUCAGUGUACUGGAGAUUUUUAUAUUGUGUUUUCGCUUUGCUUUGCUUCUUUUUAUUUUUUCCAGCGUGAUACAUGGGAUGUCAUGUUUGCACAUCUCCGUUUGUGAACCUGUUUACAUAAAAAUAAGCUUUCUUAUUAAAUAAUGUUUACUAUUACUAUAAACAGAAAUACAGAUAUUGGAAAUCGACCGGCACACAGGUGCUGCACAAUAAAAUGUUAAUACUUAUU